AUGAUUAAGACUCUAAAGUCGUGUCUAAAUUUUGUGGUUUCUAACUGUAACACUCUUAUGAUGGCUUAUAAGCCCUCAGGUAAACUCAGUGAUGGAAAACUCAGUGACGAUGUGGAGAACUUUGAGAUUCACUUUCAUCAGAAACACGGGAACACCAUGGAGAGGUUUUGUGGCAAAGAAGACAAGAACCACAGUGAUGUUUCUACCAAAAAUGAAAGACGUGUUAAUAAGAUUUACUCGUCCCUGCGCAGUUCUCCAACCAAAGACUGGACUAAGACCAGUAUUAAGUCUGAUGAGAGUGUGAAGACUCUAAAGACAUCACUGGUUCAUCUUCUGGAGUCUUGUGAUGAAGAAAUAAAGAGGUUUACAACAUAUGAUCUGAAGAGAAUUCAGCAAUAUGCAGUGGACAUAACUCUGGAUCCCGAUACAGCAAAUUCUAAACUCAUCCUGUCUGAUGAUGGAAAACAAGUGAGACACGGAGACAAACGACAGAAUUUUCCUGACAGUCAGGAGAGGUUCAUUAGCUGCCCCUGUGUACUGGGAAAGCAGGGAUUUUCUUCAGGAAGAUUUUACUAUGAGGUGCAGGUCUGUAGAAAGACAGACUGGGCUUUAGGAGUCACCAGAGUGUCCACUAACAAAAAGGGGAAGGUGAUAAUCAGUCCGAAGUUUGGAUACUGGAUCGUAUGGCUGAAGAAUAAGACUGAAUAUGAGGCUUGUGACUCGCCUCCUGUUCUCCUGACACUGAAACAGGCUCCUCAGAAGGUGGGGGUGUUUGUGGAUUACGAGCAGGGUUUGGUCUCCUUCUAUGAUGUAGAUGCCAGGUCUCAUAUCUACAGUUUUACUGAUCAGUUUUUCAAGGGAGGACUUUAUCCAUAUUUUUGUCCCUCUGUCAAUUAUAGAGGUACAAACUUAGCACCACUGAUCAUCACACCUGUCGAAGAUUCUUUCUUUACGGCAGUCAUCAAAAGUAGAUACAGCAGUGAAUUAUUGGUCACCACAGUGGAUCAUUCUGGUUUAUAUACCUGAUUUGGUGCAAUUUUUUAUGCCCUUCCUGAUGCAGCCCUUUAUUUCUGUCUAAACUUGGGGCCAGGACUGAGAGCAGCCAGACACAAGAGGACCUCCCAAUGGCUAGACUGUUCAGAAAUGCCACCCUUAACCCCUCACCCCACUUCCUACAACUUCCUGCUCCUGUUUACCCACAUGAAGCUGAGGCCUACAAGUUGAGACUGCUGUUGCAGCAAUGCAGCUUCUGCUAGACGACGGAAACCUGCCGUGUCUGCACUGAAAAUUACUUCAUCU